AUGCAAGCGAUUGAGCAGCAGCCUCUUGCCAAUAGACCCCUCCCAAGGACCCGCUCUCACCUCAACAACACCCUUUACUCCGCUUGCGACCAGCUCGGACCGCCGGAUCCUUCACUCUUGACUACACAAUUUGAAUUCGGGCGCUUGCUAUUCCGAUCAGCCGCCUUUUCCGCCCCUGUCGCAAGCAGUGCCCCACACGUCUACGUGCGCAUUCAGAGUAGGUGUGUUUUCGCCCGGGAUGUGAUCGUUUGCUCAACAUCUGCUGGCCUUGCUGAUGCUCUCCUCACUACUCGCACUGUCUAUUGCUGAUGCACAGAUCGCAGCACUUCAUUGCACACAGCUGCUUCCACCUCCCACCGUGCUUGCAGAUUCGAAGCCCUUGUUUCACAAUGCGUCCCACGUGAGCAUCUCGCUUCCAUCCUGUCCGCCCGUGCUGUCAACGGUCACACGUCUACCACACAGAAACCCUGACUAUAUCUUUCUCUCUCUCUCUUUCCGUGCCUCAGCAUCGCACGACUCGCCUCGCAAUACAGGGACCCUUGGGCUGCUCGAGAGGCGUGGCGUAAGCAUCCCAUCUUCUCUCACAGCUACUACAUACGGAACGCGUGGCCCGGUUUUGGAUUGGGAGCUGGAGCUUUCCUGAUUUAUUGGGCGGUGGAUGAGCUGACGCAUCCUAGCAACAUUGAGAAGCUCAAGGAGGAUGCAAAGAAGCAGAAGGGAGAGCUUUGA